AUGGCACGAAAGGCAGAGCAAACAGAGCCAAAGGCCGUCCGCCAGACCACCCUCGCCUCCUUCUUCGGCGUACCCAAGGCCGGCCCACCACCACCAAGGUCCACCCCGGGUUCAUCGUCGUCGACAGCAGCAAAGAAGGCCAAGGCGCCAGCACCACCACCAACCGCGGGGCCGUCAUCGUCGUCUCCCGCGUCAUCCCUACGCACACCUCCAUCCGACCCCCCUCAACCCCAGUCGUCGCCGCUCAAGCACCUGACCAAGCCCAUUAUUGUCGAUGCCGACGAUGAGCCAGAGUUUAGCCCCCCACCCGAGAUUGUCGCGCCCAAGAAGUCGGUCGUGCCAAAGGUGGCCAAGCCAGCUCCCAAGCCUGUCAAGCAAAAGACACCCGAGCCUGACAGUGACGCGAUGGAUGUCGACGACCCCGAGUCGCCAUUUGUCCCCACCCGCAGGGGCAAACGCAAGGUGAUCUAUGCGGAGUCGGGCUCGGAUUCGGACAGCGAUGUCCCUACACCAGUUGCCAAGGGCCGCAAGCCGCCUCGCAAGAGCCUCAAGGUUGCUUCAGACGACGAGUUUAUGGUUGAUGACGAUGACGAGGCUUUCCUUGCUGCUGCCGACGCGUACGAUGCUUCAAUCGUCUCUGACGCGCCCUCUCCCUCCAUUGCGUCCGAGCCGUCGUCGCCAGUCAAGAGGCCCGCCGCCAAAAAGUCCAAGGCAGCUGCUACAAAGUCGACCCCACUCUCCUCCCGUCCCAUCUCCCGUGAAGGCUCGGGUGGUCGCAAGGAGUCGUCCUCCGACUUUUUGCUCACCGCUGCCGAGCGCAAAAAGGUCCAGGCCAAGGAGGAGAAGCGCGAAAGUGAAACUUGCUUCGACUUCCUUGCCGAUGUCAAGGACAAGGACGGCAACCGUCCCGAGGACCCAGAGUACGACCCACGCACAGUCUUCAUUCCAAAGUCGGCUUGGGCACACUUUACACCCUUCGAGACCCAGUUUUGGGAGAUCAAGCAAAACCACUACGACACCGUCCUCUUUUUCCAAAAGGGCAAGUUUUACGAGCUGUACGAAAACGAUGCCAUGAUCGGCCACCAAGAGUUUGACCUCAAACUCACCGACCGUGUCAAGAUGAAGAUGGUCGGCGUCCCCGAGCAGUCUUUCGAGUUUUGGGCCGCCAAGUUCCUCGGUGCCGGCUACAAGGUCGGCAAAGUGGAACAGGUCGAGACUGCGCUGGGCAUGGAGAUGCGCACCAAGGCCGCCUCGGCAAGCAAACAGAUUGUCCGUCGCGAGCUUGCCCAAGUGUUCACCAAUGGCACCAUUGUCGACGGAUCCUACCUCACGACCGACGAGGCCAACCACUGUGUCGCCAUCCAAGAGUUGUCUGACGGCGCCACAUCCUCGUUUGGUAUCUGUGUCAUGGACGCGUCGACUGGCGAGUUCAACCUCUCGGCCUUUGACGAUGACAUUUGCCGCACCCGUCUCGAGACCAUGUUCCGUCAAAUCCGUCCCAAGGAACUCGUGUUUGCAAAGGGUAACCUGUCGGUUCCCACGACACGACUCUUGCGCAACAUCCUCCCCUCGAGCACGCUCUGGCAGUCGUUCAAGCCCGGUAAAGAGUUCAUGUCUGCCGAGGACGCUCUCGAGGCUGUCAAGACCAUCUUUGCCGGUGACGACGGUGACGAUGACCAGGAGGUCGUUCUCCCCGAGGCCAUCUCGAGCAUGCUCGACAAGCCCUUGGCCAUGGAGGCUCUCGGUGGCAUGGUCUUCUACUUGCGCUCUCUCAACCUUGACAAGGACCUCAUCUCACAGAAGAACUUCAACGUCUACGACCCGAUCAAACAGGGCAAGAAUCUCAUUCUCGAUGGCCAGACUUUGGGCCACAUGGAGGUUCUCAUGAACAGCGAAGGCGGCGAGGAAGGCACUCUGCUUCAGCUCCUCCAGCGCUGCGCGACGCCGUUUGGCAAGCGCCUCUUCCGCAUCUGGCUUACUUCCCCGCUGCGUGACGCAAAGGCUAUCAACGAGAGGCUUGACGCCAUCGACGACCUCAUGUCCGCUCCCACGUUUACCGGCCAGUUUACGCAAAUGUGCAAGAAGCUGCCCGACCUCGAGCGCUUGGUAUCUCGUAUCCAUGCCGGCUCGCUGCGCCAGAGUGAUUUCAUCAAGGUCAUGGACAACUUCUCCGCCAUCCAGUCGUCUAUCGAAAGUCUCACCAAGGUGGCCGACAGCUUUGACUCGGCCAGCGUGCGCGGUCUCUUGCGCACCGCACCGGAUCUGGAACAAUACAUCACCCACGUCCGCGCCAUGUACACGGUCGAAAAGGACGAAAAGACUGUUGCCAUUCUCCCCACUCCAGGCGCCGACGACGAGUGUGACUCGGCUGACGCCGAGGUCUCGCGUAUCGAGGACGAGCUGGAAGACCUGCUGCAAAAGGCCAAGCAAAAGCUUGGUCUGGCCAAAAAGGACAUUUCCUACUGGCACAGCGCCCAGGGCAACAAGGAAAUCUUCCAGCUGGCCAUUCCCGCCAGCACAAAGGUGCCCUCCAACUGGACCAAGUGUGGUGGCACCAAGGCCCAAGCCCGCUACAUUACGCCCUACACCCAGCCCGUCAUCCGUGAGAUGCAAGAGGCUCGCGAGACCCAGUCGAUCGCCAAGAAGAGCUUCUUCCGCCGUCUCCUGGCCGAAUUUGACAAGGACCGCGAGGUCUGGCUCAAGAUGGUCCGCAUCGUCGCCGAACUCGACUGUCUCGUCUCGCUUGCAAAGGCCUCACACGACAUGGACGAGCCCAAGUGCCGUCCCGAGUUUGUCGAGUCUGAGCAGGCAUUUGUCGACUUUGGCGACCUCCGCCACCCGUCAAUGUGUCUCCAGCGCGACUUUAUCGCCAACGACGUGCAGCUCGGCGGCGACGUUGCGCGCACCACGCUCCUCACUGGUCCCAACAUGGCGGGCAAGAGUACCCUGUUGCGCAUGUCUGCUGCCGGCGUCAUCUUGGCACAGCUUGGCUGCUAUGUCCCGGCUGCUCGUGCCCGGCUCAGCCCCAUUGACAAGAUCCAGACGCGCAUGGGUGCUUAUGACAACAUGUUCGCCAGUGCCAGUACGUUCAAGGUUGAGCUGGACGAGUGCUCGAAGAUUCUGCGCGAGGCUGGUCCCAAGUCACUCGUCAUCCUUGAUGAACUUGGUCGUGGCACGUCCACCUUUGACGGCAUGGCCAUUGCCGGCGCUGUGCUUCACCACAUCUCGACUCAUACCUUGCCCCUGGGCUUCUUCGCAACCCACUACGGCUCGCUCACGGACGACUUCCAAUACCACCCCAACAUUCGCAACAUGCACAUGCAGGUGCACGUCGAUGACAGCGAGGGUGUCAUCUUCCUGUACAAGCUCAUCAACGGCCACGCCGAAUCGUCUCACGGCACGCACGUCGCCAAGCUCGCUGGAGUGCCCCAAAACGUGAUUGCACGUGCCGACGAGGUGUCAGCCCAGUUCUUCGAGGCGUUCCAGAAGAAGCUCUCGUCCCGCCGCCAGAGCACGCUUCCUCUUACAGCCCAGGCCGAUUUUGCCUGGCUCAUGAAGCUGGUCAAGAACGAUGCUCCCGUCACGACCGCCACGGUCGGCCAGCAGCUCGACGUCGUCUGCCGUGCCGUGGCCACCUAUGCCACUGCGCCGUGA